UCUUCUUCUUGUUCUUCGGCGUUUCCAUUAUUUGGUAGGUGGGAUUAAAAUGUUCAAGAAGAACUUGCCUUUUUUCAGUUAUGGAAUGUCGGUGGUUUUACUAGGAAGGGAAUCAAAUCGAAACGCAGUGUCUGAGAUUUCCAAUCGAUUUUGAACAGAUGGAUUUACCUUCGAACUCACUGCCGCAUUUAGAUCGAUCUUUAUAUGCAAUGUAAUUUCGGAUUUCACUGGAAUUGUUAAAAAAUCGUAGCUUUUCUUCGAUUAGUAGAUAUGGCAUCGCCGAUUUUCUGCAAUUAACUCUUACUUUGUGUUUUUAUUUGGAAAGAUUGAACAGGAAAGGCAUUAUUGAUUUGCCCUUUUAUAGCUUUUUUUUUGGUGAAGAAUCCGCGGAUUUCUUUCCUAUUUAUCUGUUGUUGCUUCCUUUGUUCUUCAUCCCUCUGGAUAUAUAUUUUUUUUUCUGAAAGCGGAUGUAUCUGUUUUCUUCCCGAUGGAUUCCAAUCAAAAGCUCGAUCAAGCAGCAGCAGCGAUGGCCGACCGCGUCCACCCCGUGAAGACGCCGGACCCGGCGAUGCCAGAUGCGGCGGAGAGUCCUCGCUCCACCACAUCAUCCAAGACCGGCGGCCUCCCCGCCCGCAAGCCCGGCCCUGAGCCAGGAACCUACGUCAUCCAGGUCCCUAAGGACGUGGUCCUCCGACAGCCACUGCCGGGCAACGCCCACCUCUCCAAGGUCUACGCCCGUCGGGCCGCCCGCCGCCGGAGCCGGUGUUGCCUCUGCAUAACCUGGCUCUUCGCCCUCGUCCUCCUGCUCGCCGUCGCGGCCGGCUUCCUCUACCUCGUCUUCCGUCCCCGUGCCCCCAACUACGCCGUCACCGGCCUCUCCAUCUCUUCCUUCAACCUCACCGCCGCCACUGUCUCGCCGGUCUUCGACGUGACCGUGCGCGCCGACAACGACCGCAACAUGAAGAUGGGCAUCUACUACAGCGACGCCAGCGACAUCACGGCGGCGUACGACGGCGUGACGCUGUGCGAGGGGAAGUGGCCGGCGUUCUACCAGCCGCCUAGGAACGAGACGGUGUUCGUAACGGAGCUGCGGGGCGCCGGCAUAAGUCUGGGGGCGGAUGUGGAACGGAGGCUGAGGGCGGCGCAGAGCGAGGGGAAGGUGCCGCUGGAAGUGAACGUGGAGGUUCCGGUGAGAGUCAAGUUGGGCGCCAUGAAGAGCUGGACGAUCAAAGUGACGGUGAAGUGCGAGGUGACGGUGGACGGGUUGAGAGAGAACGCCGUGAUCCUGAACAGGGAUUGCCACGCGAGGGUGAAGUUUUGGGGAUUUCUUGGUCUAUGACAAACUAAAUUCAUGGCGGGGACUUGCAGCUACUGCUCUUCUUUCUGCAGACUUGUAAAUGAGUUCGUCGAUAAGUAAUAAGUCCAUGGACACUUUUUUUUUCU